AGUCGGGGGUGCCGUGGGGACGGCAGGGCAUCGGGCGGGCUUUUUGGCAAUUGGCAGUGGGCUGAGCGGGUUUCUCCCGGCAGGGGGCGCAACAAGAGACAGGGCGUUGAGAAGCGCGGGUUCCUUUGCAGGGAUUGCCGUGCGGGAGAUGUUACAAUAUUUUACUAGGACAUGGAGCAACAUGAGGAUUUAUUACACUAAGGUUUACCAGGAAAUAUGGGUUGGGUUGGCCUUAACCACCUACGCCUAUUACAAAAUUUCCUUUGGAGGUAAAAAAGCAGUGGCGGACAUUAAAAUGAAAAUACCUCCCAUUGCACUGUACGGCAAUAACUACUUACCCCCACAUAAAGAUAUCUUGAAUUUAGAGAAUCCUCUGUUCCUGGCCAUCAUUAAAUGGCUCUUCGCUGAGUAUGCAUUCCAUGACCUGUCAUCUCUGCUAUAAAUGAAGCAAGCUACCAUCGUAGGGAAGUUAGUUGGACCGCAUAAGCAUUGUACAGUCCUACAACUGUAUAUAAUCCACUGUACUACAUAGGAGGAAUAAAUGUGUUGAGCAAGAA